AUGUUCAUUGCAAUCUACGAUCAUGUCCCGGAAUUGAGGGCAAAACACAAAAGAAGUAAGUGCCAGUAAAGAUCACUGCUCAAAAUUAUUGUUUGUAAAAAACGAAGGUGUUAAUUUUUGCUUCUUUUACCAAUUUUAUCGUUUUAUUCAAUUUUGAUGACUAAUUUAAAUUGACAUUUAAUUUUCAGCCCCAUCGCUGCAAAAGAAGCUUACAGCUGAGCAAAAGUCUUUGAUUGAUCCCGCUGUAGAAAAGGUCGAAUUGGAGACCAACUGGUGCAGUGAUGUUGUCCAGAUCUUCUGGAAACAAUCCAUUUAUCCGGCAGCCAUUGGAUUGGCUCUAAUGUACUUUACUGUCCUCGGGUUUGAUGGGGUAAGUGCUGUUUUGAUUUAAAAUAUGGCGGAACCUCUGUAAAACGAAACCUGUUUGUAACGAACAGUUUCGAAGGGGUUUCUAGGAGUCUAAUUUAGGCCAAAAGUAACCUCUGUAGAACGAAGCUUUCUUCAUAAUGAAAAAAUUUUUUUUUAUUCCUUACGAUUUAUUGUACAGAGCUUUCAUUGUAUGCAAUUUGCUAACUAAAUUGAUUAAAUUUUAGAUCCCGAUAAGUUAUGGGAAAGCGAAUGGAUUACCUGACGACUUGCUUGGCCUUCUGAAAGGCGCUGCCAGUUUAUUAGGAAUCAUUGGGGCAUUGGCUUACACUCAGCUGGAGCAAGGAAUUGGGUUAAAGAAAACUGCCUUUGUGGGCAUGUCGGUGAGUAAAUUGCCCAAAAAUUUUCUAAUGCUUAUCUUAGAUCCAGCAGAUGUCCAAUGUCUUCUGUAUAUUUUCAUUGUUUGCUGCCGGAACUUUGUUUGCGCCCGGUGAAUAUUGGAGUAGUUUCACGGCAGAGGUAAGAAAUUUUGGGAAGAUUUGGGGCGUUUUAUGCUGACAGAUCCUUCGGAUAAAAAACUUUAUCAACAAGCUUCAUGUCGGUGCAAAAAGUCCUUUUGCACCGUGCGGAUUUUUCUGUCGCACUCUGAAAAAACACGGUUUGUCGCUGCGAAAAAUGGGAAUCGCGCGCGACGUAAGGAAAAAACAAACAAAAAUGCACUGUGCAAAAGGUGUUUUCGGGUCAAAUGCACUGUGCAAUGCAAUUUUUUCGCGAUUUUCGCAGCGACGCGACAAAACAAGCAAACCUGCACAACGCAAAAUUCCAAGGGCUUUUUGCGCCAACUAAGAGCAAAAAUCCCUCUCGAAUUCCGAUUUUGAAAUCAUCAAAAUUUUUAGUCCUGGCUCUCCAACUUCCGUUCCACUUUCUCCAUCGAAAGAGCCGCCAAAAUUCCUCUAAAUGGGACCGAAGUCUCGGAUGAGGACGAUCUCAUGUCCGGCAUUGAUUGGUAUUCCUUCAAAGUUCACGGCCACCCAAUGUACAGCAUCUUUUUAUUCUUUAUCGGGGUUACCGUAGCCAGAGUUGGAGUGUGGAUUGCGGAUCUGGCGAUCACCCAGUUGAUGCAAGAGAAUGUCCUGGAGACCGAGAGAUUGACUGUCUUUGGAGUACACAAUGCAAUUUGCCAAUUCUUUUCUCUGCUGAAGGAUAUUUUGGUGAUUUUAUUCCCGGAUCCUAAAAUCUUUGGAGCGUUUGUGCUGUUGAGUAUAAUGUCAGUGAUGGCGGCGUAUCUUCAUUAUAUUUACUACAUGUGGAGGGUAAGUUAAAUAUGAUUUUUUUUUUGUUUAUUUUCCCUUUUAGACUCGAGGCCUUGACGAUGUUGAAACCGUAGCAUCAGAUACAGCUGAUCUUGAUGUAAUCGAAGAGCUCAAAAUCCCUGAUGAUGUAUUAAUAUCUCGGCCAUAA